CGCGUGUGCUCCAGAAGCGUUUCAAAAGAUUUCGCUGAUCGGGUCGAAAUCGGAAUGACCUCGAAAUCAAUGCUUCCGAUGGCCUACUCACGCGCUACCCUCACGGAUCGCACCACGUGGUCCAGCCCGGCAUGUCAGGCUGUGGAUCCAACCUGAUUGAGUGAAAUGGGAAAGAAAGGGAAUGAUACGUGGAAAUACAGGGCUCGGAUUCCCCGGCGGAACAGAUCCUUGUCCUGCGCCUUCACCCUGGAGUCCUGGAGAACCCUUCAUGUGAAACCUAUCGGGCUCGAGGAGCUUGUCUCAUAUUCGAGCGUAGGAGCGGACUUUGCUGCAGACAUGGAUCUCUUGGAUCCUAUACUGUCCCCAACCGAUCGAGCUGAAACCUCGUGCUCACGAAGCAAUCGAUCCGAGAGUCGUCUCGUCCUCGCUCGUUUGCUCCAUCGACGGCGAGUUUCUGCACCCAGUUUGAGCGAUACAGUCCCGGAUGCCCGAUUCCGAGAGCAUAGGUUGGGCAAAAAACGGGCAAACAUGACCAUGAGGUUACAUGAAGCCGCGGGAGCAGAACUCUGGCCUUCCCACGACGCGUCUCACGUGGGGUUCUCGACAUCAUGCGAUGAACGUCAGCAGUCCAUCCUGCAUGCGGAACCAAGCCUCAUCACGGGGAAUCCUUCGUUUCGGAAAACCGGGCCGCUCAACUCCGGGCUAGAUCAAUGUAAAGUGUUUGUGUAUGCGGAACUCGGACCUCCCAGGCCUCGAAUUUCACGCUUAUUCCGAACGAGGGCUCGCACGAUCAACCGCCGUAGUCAGCCGGAACUUCCGAAUUCACCUCGAACAGGUCACGAUACUCCAAGUCAUGGGCUCGUCAGCUUCCUCCGGUGCUCUUCGCGAAAGGUCCGAUUUUCCGAGCUACUUCGGCUCAACCUACAACUGGCACCUGUUGAAGGAGACCGCCAGCGCGCAAAAUCCGAACUUCGGUUCGAUUCAAUUUCUGAUCGAAAUGUGCUCCGUCCUCACCAGCGGAUCGGAAAGCGUCCCCUCACCACUGGAGGAAUUUGUGAAUUUGUACAUGGAUUCACGUGUAAUGCUCGUGGCGGAAUUCCUUCAUGUCAAAGGAUCGCGUUCUCCCGGAAUCGAGGGUGCCGAGCCUCUCACAUCCCGUUCUUUCGUUCGGCGUCGAACUCGGCUCCCCACACGAUUCAAGACGCGACUAGGAACAUACGAUCUCCCGAUCCCUCGGAAGCUUCGUUGGAUGGAAUGUAUUCCGAUCUUCGCCCGGGCUGAAUCACCAUCCGACGGAGGUGAGGAGGCCAGGAAACAUGUC